CAUAGCUAAACGGUCGGGUUCAGGUGGUCAGUGGCCCGCUGGGAGUACCACAUAUAGAGUGCUGUUGCUUGGGCAAGAAUUCAUUGAAAAUAUCCACAAAUAAAAUAAGAAAAUACAAAACACAAAGCAAAAAAAAAUGAAAGAAAAUUUGUUCUAAUCAGCCAAGCCAAGUACGUGCUCACCAAAUCAACGGCCAAGUCAAUCACAACAAAACGACAACCAACAAAUGCGAUACUUAAUAUGUAUGAAUGAGUGUAUAUAUAUGUUCAAUGAAAUCAAAAGUGGCAAGUAUAUACAGAAGUGGAAAAAUGCAGUGAAACCAAAAUGAAACCAAAAUCGAAUUCAAUUCAAUUCCAGCGACAAGUGAAUAAAAUGAAAGUGUGAAAAGAAGAAGAAGUAGAAGCAACGACAGAAGCAGCAAAAUUAUUAUCGAAUUCCGCAUUUGUGACAACAGUGCAAUGCCUUCAACGAAACAACGUUAACACAUCAACAUUCUCGAAAAAAGCAUAAAUAAACAACAACAAUAACACCAAAUUAAGCCGCGCAGCGGUUGCAGCCGCAAAUAAUAAUUUAAAUCGACAACAACAACUAACGCAAUAGAAUACAUCAGGUGCGUUAUUCGAUACACGAAGCGCACACAAACACACAAGCACAGAUAGUGCGCCAGUGAGCGAGUUGGACUGGACUGGUUGCCCAGAGGCAUAGCCCGUAAAGGUUGCAUUUUCUUCGGGCGUACGUGCAACGCAUAUUGUCCCAGAAAGUGUGCGGCUUAUGGCAGAAUCUCUCAUUUCUCCGCGAUUCGCUUUCAUUCCAUACACCUACGAAGCAACAGCUACCAGCGGACACCACAAAAUCUAAGCUGCAUACAUACAACUACGGACAUUGGAUUGCAGGUGCGCCAACGCCAGUGUUGUUGGCAGAUACUAGAGUGCAUUUCCAGCGUUGACAGUUGAACACAACGAAAUUGACGCGUUGACAGGCAACGGCUAGUGCUGAAGAGGCGGGUGGGCCAACAAAGACUAGGCGGCUAGUGGGAAUCUACGCGGCGUAGCGACGCAGCGCGUGCACAACUGAAAGGACUACACAAAUUAUAAUGUCUUGUACUGUUUCAGAGCUGCCUUCGGGAUGUCACCUGCGUGGCAUGGGCUCCACCUCAUCCUCUGCGGUAGCGACGGUGGCGACCAAAGCACAAAGUGCUGGCGGUGGCGGUGGCGGCGUAGGCGGUAGCACCUCAAGUACAGGUGGUGGCAGCAAUAGUGGCGGUCUCAAUAAGGGCGGCGGUAUACAUGUGGGCGGCAUGCUGAGCACGACGAGCGCGCUGGGUGUGACAACAACGAGUUCACGUGGUGGUUCGGCGGGGAAUGCGGGGGCGAGUUUACUGCCCGAGACGUUGAUGACGACGACGGCGAUGACGACCAGCACAACACAACGACAGCAGCAGCAACAAUCACAGAAACCCUGCUGUUUUUGCUGGUGUUGCUGUUGCUCGUGCUCGUGGGCAAAGUGUUUGGCAAUAAAAAAUGCGGAAGACAAUGCACCAACAAGACGUGAUCCAGCGAGCGUGGAUUUGCUUUUGGACGGUGAACAACCCAGUCUCGAGGAAAUACGAAGUUGGGGUAAAAAUUUCGAUUUGCUAAUGAAAAAUGCGACUGGACGCAAAGUGUUUCGUGACUUCCUACGCAGCGAAUUCAGCGAAGAGAACAUACUGUUUUGGCUCGCCUGCGAAGAGCUGAAAAAGGAGAGCAGUCCCGAAGCGAUCGAGGAGAAGGCGCGUCUCAUCUACGAGGACUACAUUUCGAUAUUGUCGCCACGCGAAGUAUCGCUGGACUCGCGUGUACGAGAGAUCGUUAAUCGCAAUAUGGUGGAGCCGACACCGCACACCUUCGACGAAGCCCAAAUACAAAUCUACACGCUCAUGCACCGAGACUCAUAUCCAAGAUUCCUCAACUCGCAGAAAUUCAAAGCGCUGGCACAACUGCAAGACGGUAGUUUAUCGGCAGCGGCUUCCACAACAGACAGUCCCACUUAAGAGCGCGCAACCGAACGCUCUAGCAGAGUGUCAAUGUUUGCUGAGCAGACAGAAGCAAUUGGUUAAAUUCGCUGGGCGGGAAAAGUGUUGAAAGAAGGCGGGCGCUAAUAAAAGUAAGAAACUAAGAAGCACAUCCAAAAAAAUAGUGAUUAAGUGGGAGAAUAAGUUGCAUGCAACGCUGAAACUCAAGUAGGGGAGUGUGAAGCUGGAGGGAAAUAGCAAACAAAUAAACAAACAAUAAAACGUCUUCGCACAGGGCUUGAGAAAUGCAACAACUAAGUAUAUAAGUAGCAACUAAGCUCUAGCCCUAGACACACGUAAGGACUAAGCGUUUAAGCAGUAAGCAUUAAGCACUAAUGUCUAAGGGUACGACCUAAGCAUCUACUACAUCUAAAUAUAAGAUUGAAGGUUUGCUACAAUAUUUAGUUUCCUACUAGUGUCUAAGCGUCAAGCGGAAUACUUAAUACUUACUUACGUACUUACGUACCACUGACUUAUUUACUUAUGUACUUACAUACUUACUGAGUUAUUUUUACAUGUAUGCAGCGAAUUCGCGCAGAUCGGCAGUUAAGUGUAUGUAUGUAUGGCUGUGUGCAUAAAUGCAAAGCAGAGUACCGUUAUUUCAGCACUGUUGCUUGCUUCUAGCAUACGCAUGCGAAAAAUAUCUCGAAAGCUAAAAGAUACUAAUACAUACACAUAUGAGUGUGCUUUAACAAUUUUAUACCACAUUUCCUCGGUUUCUAAAAAAUAGUAUUUUCGAAAAAAAACAAAAUUAAAAAAAAAUUAAAAAAUGAAGCAAUAUAUAAUUCCUUAAAAACAUAAAUAUAUUAAAUGACACACCAUUUAUUAUAAAAGGAAGUAAAAGUAAAUGGCACUGGCACAAAUAUUAAUGGAAAUCAAGGGCACAAAGCGAUUUGCGGGACUUCGAGCAGAAGUGUGUGGGUGGGAAAAGAAAAAAUGAAACACAACAAAUAAAACAUUCUAACGAAUUGUAUGCGCACAAAUUACAUAUGUAAUGCCAACUGGCUAGAACUCAUGCCUGGAAACCGUUAGCAAACAAAAGCAAACAUUAAAAACCGAAAAAAAACAAAACCAAAAUUAUAUAAAUGUGCAGUAAGUAAGGAAAACGCAACAAAAUAUAAAAGUGCAAAUCACGAGAUUAUAUGUAUAGUGUGUAUGUAAAUGAAAUCUAGUCAGCGCGACUGAUUGUAACGAAUUGGUUGCCAUAAGCGCGCCAAGCAGUUGUUGUAGCAUGCUUGUAGGCGCCUGGGAGGCAUUAAAGGUGCAACAAUGUUGAUUGUUACGCAUGUAGCUACGCUCAAGGUGCGGGUGGCACAUUUUUUUUCAUAGUAUACGUUUUCAUUAAAUUAUAGCGGUUAAUUUUCAUUUAUUUAUUAAUGUAUAUGUAUAUGUUUUUCGAAAAGUAUUUUUUUUACAUGGCAUAAUUCUUUUUUUAUUAAACUGAAGUUGUUAGACAUAUUUAUGUGAUAAAUGUAUAUUUCUGCUCGAAAAUUAGAUUUUUUAAGUCUUGACAAACUGGAAGCAUAUAUUUUGUUUAUUUAUUUUGGUAGUUAUAACUAUAAGUUUUGUGUGUAAUAGCUGGAAAAAUAAUUUUCUUUUUCCGUCUGGAUAGAAAAUCGAACUUAAAUAAUUUUAUAACAAGCUGAUAAUGAGUGCAUGUAUUCAAAAGAUGUUUAAGGGGCUAUACCAGUGUAGCCCAUGAAAAAUUAGGCGAUAUUCGUGAUCGAGAAAGUACUCGAUCGAAUGUUUCGAAGUUCUUUGAACAUAAUAAGGUAUAUUUUCAGCUAUAUUUUAAGAUUUUUUUCUUACAAAAAUAUUGAAAAAUAACGGCGUGUGUGCUGUCAUCGGAGGUGCAAAAAAAAAAGUUCUUCAACUGUAGACAUGAUUCCGGCCGAAUGAGUAGCUGAAUCAGAAAAGUUCAAAAAGGUUAUUAAAGUUGAAGGUCUUUCCUAUACAAUAACUUACGAUUUCUGAAAAAUAUCAAAAAUUAACAAAAUGGCGUAGUUCUGAAGAAAGUUUUUAGGUAAAAAAUUUCCGUUUUUUUAAUGCCAAAUUGACAAUUUUCAACCAAACAAAAAGAUCAUAAGUCAUUGUAUAGCAAGUGUAUUCAACAAUACUUAGUUUUAAUUUGAAGUUGAUCGUUCAAUUUCUCGUUGAGUUAUGAUGUCAGCAAUUUUGAAAAAUGUCGUUUUGAGAAAAACGCGUUUAAAGUUUCAACUAUAUAUAUUUAUACCUGCGAGCGAUCGCUUUUUAGAAAAGCCAUUCAAAAACUAUUCAAGAUACGAUCUUGCCGAUUUUACAGGAUAUACCAAUUUAUCAGGAAAAAUCGAUUUUUUGAAAGUGUCACACUGGUAUAGACCCUUAAAUAUAUAUUAUAAGCAUUAUUACAAGCCCUUAUCGUUUGGAUAUGUGAAAACAAUAUUCUAUGCCAAUGGUCAGGUAUGGUGUUCAGACUUUUGUUAUAAAUAAUUUUAUGAUAAAUUUUCGUCUAAUGUAUUAUUUUUGAUAUAGCUUACUGUUUAGUUGAAAAUUUCGAAAUUUUUUUUUUUUUUGAAAAAUGUUUGGCUCUUUAACCUCAAAUAUUUUUUCCACAUAUCAGAGCGAUGAGCAAUUUUGGUAUUUUUGUUAAUGUUUUGAACAUAUUCAGCUGAAAGUUAGAGCUUGUUGUAAAUUUUUGUAACUUCACUAAUAUUUCUAUCGAAUUUGACCGGACUAUUAGAAAUACUUUUAAUUUUUUUUAGACAGUUUUUAUGAUUCAAAUUAGUUUUGAACUGUCAAAAAACAUUGUAAAUAUAUUUUCAAUUAGCGCAUAUAAAUUGUAUGUAACUUUUAUAAAUUUUUUAAAUUAAAUCAGCUUUGGUAGAAAAUAUAUUUCUGGCUCAGUGCUAAAGAUCAAAUAUUCAUAUAAAUUGUAGAUAUAAAUUAUAACCACACAUGGCUUGCUUAAAUAUAUGGAGACCAUUAAAAUGAUCUACUAACCGCAUUUUAAAAUUAAAAAAAAAAAUAAUUAUUUUUUUUCAUUUUCUUUUAAGUAUUUAUUUCAUUUUUUUAAUUUAAAAAAUGUUGUUUUUCACUCCUAAGUGCCAUUCCACCUUGUGCGUACUAUAAAAAAUUGAAUUGAAACGAAAGCGAAAUCUUAUAAUUCCAAUAAUUAUUUACGACUAAACAAUUUAUGUUACUUAGUUUAUAAAUUAAAGAAAUUAAAGUUACAAAGAAUUCCGAGCUAGUUGUAAACUUAUCUGUUAUACACAUGCAUAUUUGUGUGCAUAUUUUUUUACAAUACCUGCAAGGUAACUUGUUUGUUAGCGCUACAUUUUUGUUGUUGUUAUCUUUGAAAAACAAAAUAAGCAGUUUUUAUUUAUUUUUUUAGUAAAAAGUGAGAGUUACAAUUUCACUAAAAUUAGCAUUCGCGCGUUUGGUGCGAGGCAACAACAGCAACAAAAACAGCAACCGCAACUUUAGCCACAACAACAACAAAAACAAAUGAAUUUUUACAUCGAAAGCAUUUUGUAAAUACUUAUAAUGAUGGUUUUUAAUUUCCAAAAUAAUAUUGUGCUACUAAAUAAUGCAUAAUGAAUGAUGAUUAUGCUGUAGUCAAUAUGAAAUAAUUACAAACUAGUUACUGUACCUACUAUAUGUAUAUGUACGCAUUAUACGAUUGUAUUAUUGUAAUUAUAUAUGAUUUGUUUUUUAUAAAAAUAUAUAUAUAAAUAUGAAUACUUAGUUAUAGCAAAGUGAAAAUGUAUGUAAAUGUAUUUAUUAGUAAUUAAAUAUUUAUGAAUUUAAUGGUUUGCCUAAGUCAAGUAGUGCAAAAAAUUUAGCCAAAUAAUAAUAAAAAUUAAAAAAAAAAUCAUAAACAAAACAAAAACACUUAAAAGCCAUUUAUGCAUAAAAAAAUUACAAACUUCAUACCAAAAAUGCAAACCAAAAAUAAAAUUGUGAAAUUAAUAAUUACAAUUAAUAUUUAUUUUAUUAUAAUUUAUUUAGGAAAAUUUCUUGAAAUAUAUUAAUUUCAUUUCAAUUUCUACAAAAAGUAAAAAGUUUGGUUUUUUCUUGUUUUUUAUGCUUUGUAAUUAUUGUAAUUAUAUUGUUGUUGUAUGAAAGGUAGUGUUGCAUUUAUACCUGGGUUCAAGGUUCGAAAAAAAUGUUGUUUUUGUUUUUGUAAUGUAAAUAUAUUUUAAAUACCGGGUUUUUCAAUAAGAGCGCUACAAAAGUUUUUUUUUUUUUUAAUUAAGCAAAAACGGUUUGGAAUGUCAAUGAAAUUCUUUAUUUCUGUAAAAGUACAUUCGAUUUCAUUAUGGUCACCACGGGCACGCUUGUAAAAGUUCAGACGCUGAACCCAGUGUCCGACGGUUUUCAAGCAUAAGUCGGCCAAUACUGCUCCAAUUUCACGUUCGAUAUUCGUACGAAGUUCAUCAAUCGUCGCUGGCUUGUUAGCAUAGACCAAAGACUUGACGUAGCCCCACAGGAAAUAGUCUAAAGGCAUUAAGUCGCCCGACUGAGGCGACCAAUUGAUUGAGCCAUUUCGGGAAAUAACACGUUCACCAAACUUGGUUUUCAAAAAUCGAUUGUGACAUUCGCUGUGUGGCUUAUGGCGCCGUCCUGUUGGAACCACAUAUUGUACAAGUCCAUAUCAUCCAACUCGUAUCAAAAAUAUUCGGUAAUCAUUGAGCGGUAGCGAUUCCCAUUCACAUUCACGUGCCGGUCUUGCUCAUCACGGAAGAUGUACAGCCCAAUGACGCCGCCGGCCCAUAAACCGCACUAAACCAUAAUUUUUACGGGAUGCAAUGGUGAUUCAUGGAAUACGUGUGGAGUGGUGCCUGACCAAUAAUGCAUAUUUUGCUUGUUGACAAAGCCAUUCAGGCAGAAAUAAGCAUCAUCGCUGAAGAUGAUUUUACAAUGAAAAUCCGUAUCAUUUUCAAGUUAUUGCUCAGCCCAAUUCACGAAAAUAUGACGAUUCUGGUGGUCAAGCGGCUUUACUUCUUGCGUCAAUUUGAUCUUGUAGAGAUGUAGAACAUGAUUCGUAAAAUUCGCCACAACGACGUCACAGAGAUGCCCAACGCUUGAGAACAACGUGUGAGAGACUGAUUUGGAUUUUCCUCCAUUGAUGCGCCAGCGGCAGCAAUAUUCUCGACACUACGUGUACUUCUUUGUCUCACUCGUGCCAGUGUAUUUUGUACUGUGUCUAUGGAUUAAAUUUUUCCACUAGACGCUCAAUUGUUGAUGAGGCCCAUAAAUUGGACGUAGCGUUCUUAAAUUGAAUUUCGGUAGUAAAAUUAAGUACUUUCGACUUGCUGUUGGAUCGCAUAUCUUUUCAUGAUAAAAUGGCAAACCUAACUGAAGAGAAAUGUCAAAAGAGCGGGAAAAAAUAUGGCAUCCCUAUUGGUCUACUUGAUUGAUCCAAUAACAAUUUUAUGGGCAAGUUCAUUACGUUUUUGAUCCUUGCGGGCAAAAAACUGGUUCAAGUGGUUUUUGACGUCCUCAUUUGAAGUGAAGGUGCUCCCAUACAAAAAAUUUUGAAGAGACUGAAACAAGUAAUAGCCCGAAGUUGUCAAGUCUGGAGAAUAUGCAAAAGCUUCUGACGAGGCGACUUUUAUGAGGUCUCGCAUUAUCGUAAUGGAAGACUAUACCUCCUCUAUUGAUCACCUCAGGUGUUCAAAUAUAUAACGGUAAAGCAGUUAAGUGUGAAGUUGGCUGCGAAAACAUGCAAUAAGAUCAGCUAUUGUCAUCACACGAAAUUACUUAGUGAACGAUCCAAUGUUUUCCCUUAAAUUAUCAUUGUCCAAGUUUUGCAAUAAGUUCUGUUACUACAAAUAUUUUGCGUAAUCUAUCCAUGAAUCACUCAGACCAACUUCUGUGAUAUGAAUCAAUAUUAAUGUAUGAAGGCCCAGAAGUCUUUGGCAGAAUCUUGAGCGCUAUUUGUUUGGUUGAGGAUUAGUAGGGAUUUUUAGAAUGGUAGAAAUAUUCGUGGAUAAUAGAAUGUUGAGGAUGUCAUCAGUAAAUUUUUGCAGCUUCCCCUGAGUGCUUGAGUUGUACCUCUAGAAGUGUAAUCUGGAGCAUUCGAUUACGGAAAUCAUACUGUGACUCUGUAGUACAUAGUUUCCUCGAACUUCUCAGAGUUCCUUGUCAAUCCAGACUGAGCUAGUGCAGUUUUAUCGGAUCGUAUAGAUUUAUAGUAUAGUAAGUGGGUAUAGUAUUGGAAGUGGGAUUAAAAUUGCCAAACAGAUUACUGGUGGAAAUUCGCUAUCCUUUGGGUCUGCCGCAAGAUUCGGUGAUAUUCUGAGAAAUACUAGAUUUGGGCAUAAUAUUUAACCAUUUGGAAAUGGGUUAAUUAUAUAUUUCGAAAGUUAAGAAAGUCAAAGCCAAAGUCACUACGGUUAUUCUUACGGUGAGAUGCGGAGUUUUCAGAAGUUUCUUUGAUUCAAUUCAAUUUCAACUAGUUACUAAUUUCAGAUUUGAUUUCAUUGAGCCCUUUUUAAUUUCAGUAUUCGUUCAAAAAUUAUCUAGAAACAAGUAAUACAAAAUUGAAGCAAAUUUGUGAAGUAAAUUAUCAAUAUAUAAAAAAUACACAUAAACGCAAAUAUACUUGAACUCACUGCCAAAGCGCAAAUAAAAUGUGUACGUGCUAAAUAUUAAAAUUACAUAAUAACAACAACAUGAUAAAAACUGUAUUAACAUUAGAAAAUAAAGAAAAAACAAAAAGAAAACCGUCAGAAGUAAAAAUAAAAAAAUCAGAAGUAAAAUAAAAAUUAUAAAAUUUUUCAAAAACCCUAACAUUUAUUUAAAAUAUAUAUGAAAUUAACCAUAGCUCGAAUUAUAAUAUAUUUUUUUUGAGUUUUACUUAUUUACGUUUUAUCACUUUCAUCUAAUUCUUAUUUUUUUUUACUUAGAAAGUUCGUCAUUAAAAAUAUUGCCUAAAGUUAUAAAAUACAAUCUAAAAGUAUUUAUUUUUCCACAAAAAAAAAAAAAAAAAAACAAGAAGUAGCUUUUUUCUACCACACAAUGAACAAAAACUUUAAAAGUAAAAUCUGUGUUGUUGUAUUUGGAAAAUAUGCAUACACUAGAAUUAGAAGCAACCACACACACACCAGCACGCAAUGUAUUAUAUAUGAAAAAAGGAAUUGAUUGACACAUGUACAACCGAGUACAUGACUAACACUCGUAAGUCGAGCAAAAAUUAACAAAAAAAUUAAAAAAAAAAAAUAUUAAAUAAAAAUAGAUUAAAAAACUCUUAAACUGUUAUUAGAUUUAGCACAUAAAAUUAUAUAUAAACAAAAUUAAUUGAAAUUAAAAAAAAAUUAAUUAAGUAAAUUAACAAAUUAAACACAAAAAAAAUAAUUAAUUAAAAUUGACAAAAAAAAUAAUUAAGUAAACUAGGCAAAUAUGUGAUGUGCCCAAUAAACAACAUCUUUACUCAACUAUAACGGUAAACAACUUUCCAAAACUUUUCAAACACUCUAUUGAAAGCACAAAAUUGUAAAAAAUAUUAAAAAGUACGUUCAAAAAAUUCGAAAGCAUAUUUUUUUGGUAAAAAAUCGAAAGUCAAAAAAUCCGAAAACUUUUUUUUGGGAAAAAAUCGAAAGUCAAAAAAUUCGAAAACAUUUUUUUUUGGAAAAAUCGAAAGUCAAAAAAUUGGAAAACUUUUUUUUGGAAAAAUCGAAAGUCAAAACAUUCCAAAAAAAAUUUUUUUUUAGAAAAUCGAAAGUCAAAAAAUUCGAGAACAUGUUUUUGGAGAAAUUCGAAAUUAGAUAUUUUACCGGCGCAAUAGACCCAACAAAAACAAAAACCAUUCUAUUAGCAUUACUAAUGGCAACUCAAGCGAGAUUUCUCAACCACACAAGAACUCUGCAGGCAUUAAUCACCAACUACUAACGGAUUUACAUACAUAUUUAUUUGUGUAAAUUAAAAAAAAAAAAAACAAAGAAACUAAAAGGUAUAAAGUAAUUUCAAUAAAAACAUUUUUUAAUAAGUUUUAAAGGAAAAUACAACAAAAAGCUAUUAAAUACAAAUGUUUCGUAUUCAAAAACAAAAAACACUAAAAAUAAAAACAUGAACGAAAUUCUUAUAUUCUCAAGUAAUAUAACCUAAAAUCUCAUUGCUAAUACAUAUAUACAUACAUAUAUAUGUACGCAUUAAGAGCGAACUACAUAAAUCAAGUGAAAAACCAAAACCACCCGAAACCCGCAAGCAAAAUCACCAAUAUUCAAUAAGCAUUUCAUAUAUUGAACAAAUUAAACGUAAAUAAAUAUAUACAUACCUAAAUUUAUAUAUACUAUAUAUAUAUAUAUAUAAAUUUUUCAAUAAAUCACUUUUCAAUACACAUUCAUAUAAAGUUAGGUAAUUUAAUUAUAACAAAUACAGUUAAGUAUGUAAAACAAACGCAAAUUCUUAAACACAAAGCAAAAAAAUUAAUAAACAGAUUUAAAAUUAUUUAUGGGUAAACAACAAGAAAAAAUAUUUAAAUUGUAAUUAGCAUUAAAUUGAAAUUCGCAAAUACAUAAAUGAACAUAAAACACACAACAAAAGGAGAAAUGGUAAAAUUAAUACCAAAUAAAAAGAAUAAAGUAUAAUGCAAAGACAAUUAAACAAUUCAAAAAAAUA